GGUAAUAUUUUGUACGGGCACUCAGAUACGCACAGAUAUUUUACCAUAUACAGCACUAGGGCAUGGAGGCUAGCGACGAGACGGAUAGGGAGAUAGACUACGGGUCGCUGGGGGCGUAUUGGCGGGUUCCCGCACCGUGAACGUAUGUCGUCGGCCACUCUUGCCGCUGUCCAUCUCAUCGCUAAUUGCCAUACGCGAGUAUUUUGCAAAUCCAUGUUUUCGGAUACUUUGUGGUCGGGGGUGAGUAGGGUAUGCACAAGACUGUCUGGAUCGGGAUGCAGGGUGUUACCGGUUUUCUUGGGUGUUGGCCUGCUGUGUGUAUUGGCUAUAGGGAUAUAUUCCGACUAUAAGAGCUAGUUCUGGGUGAAGCCAAUAUCAUGGUGAGUUGCCAGGAGUGGGGGAUAGUUGUGCUGGCCUGCGGACACUCGGCCUGAGUUGAUAUCCCUAGGUGUGACGUCUCGAUUUUACGAGCACCUCAGGCGAAAUAUCACGAGUUUGGAGAAAUGCUGCCAUCUAGGCGGGCAUCCAAGUCCGCGCUAUUUCCACAAACGGGGUUUAUCUUGUUUAGAACUCACAUUGAAGCCUUGUCCUGUUCUCAAACACUAGCAAAGUCUGUGCAUAGCCUUACAAAGACACAGACAUACCGAGUGACAUAUGAUGAGUCCGCAUGCUCAACUAUCUUCACUUGCUCAUAUCGAUUCCUGUCCAUUCCGGUUAAUGAGCCCAUACCCUCUCAUUAAGGCCAUCCUUGUAUGUUCCUAAACUGAGUGGAAGGGGCUUCCAGAGGAUGCUCAAUCACACAAGCCUCCCCGAAACUUUAUUUCAGGAAACCGACUCACACCACGGACGUCUCUAUGCAUUACCGGAAUUUAUAGUACCGGCACCGGUACCGGCAGUGAGUGCUCGAUAGUAAUCCCCGAGUAAAGCAAUCCCUGCUCUUGGGCCUUAAGGGUGAGAGUCAUUCAUCCAACUUGCUGGGAGAUCUGCAGAACCCACUGGCACCAACCCAACUCACAAAUACGCACCCAUAAAUUCAUCCAUACACAUAUUUAAAUAAAAAAACACACAAACACACGGAACACAACACCCUAUUCUUUUCGGGAAAACAAACCACUCCAAAUGGCGGCGAUGGCACCCCCGACGGCAACCCGAAUAGAUUUCAAUCAAACCCGCCUCGACGAAGUCUACGGCAACCCGAACAACUGCUUCGCGAUGAUAAUAGAGAACGCCUUCACUCCAACUGAGUGCGAGGAGCUAAUCGCCCUUGCAGAGUCCACAGGUUCCUGGAUGCCGGCGGCCAAAAACGUGCAGGUGCGGGAUGCUAUGCGGAUCCUGCGCCUUGAUGCGGAGACUGCCAGGGUGGUGUUCGAGCGGGUGGAGCCAUUUUUGGACGAGGUUAGGCGGCCCGGGAAGGAGUUGGAGAGUAUGAUUGGGAAGAAGGGUGGUGGAAGUGGAGAGAAGGGGAGGUGGGAGUUGGCGGGGUUGAACGAGAUGCUGAGGUUCUUAAGAUACGAGGAAGGACAGCACUUUAACCUUCAUUGUGACGCCACAUAUAAUGGGGGGGGCGGGGAGAAGAGGCAGAAGUCAUUCUUGACGUUGCAUUUAUAUCUUACGGAUGACGAGUCUUCGAGCUUGAAGGGAGGAUCGACAAGAUUCUGGAGCCCGGACGAGGCGAAGUUUAUGGAUGUUGAGGCGAAGCGUGGGAGGGUAUUGGUAUUUCAGCAGAGGACGUUGUGGCAUAGUGGGGAGCCGGUCACUGAAGGGACGAAGAUUACUAUGAGGAGUGAUAUCAUGUUUGAGUGGGUUUCAUUGAAGCCUCCGAGGCCAAAGGGGGAGAAGAAAAAAGGUGGGAGAGUGGAUAAAAGGGUAGAGUCAGUAAAACAGACAAUGGUUUGACCAUGUAGGAAUUUUAGGAUACCAGAAACCAAAACCGCUGAAAGCAGUUCUGUUAUCA